UUCACACUGGAUUCGAUAUCCGUGUACGACGUCCGAUAUCUAAUACGAUUGAAUUUUACUUUUGGUUUCUUAUUGGAUCUAAAAGUGUAAAUCGAUCAUAUUGGAUGUCGUAUGUACGUCGUACGUCGGAUAUCGGAUUGAGUGUGAAAAUAUUAAUUUGAUCUUUCUCUCUCCAUUGAACAAGGCUGCGUCACGUGUCGCGUCAUGCGCGAUAAUUCAAUGAGCGUACAGCGUGCAACCGAAAGUCUAUGGCCUAGUUUACAUCGUGCACUUGAUACGCGUAUCAAGUAGUGUAUUUGAGCUGAUCAGCCAAUGAUUAAACUGAUUUACUAGUUAUUUACUAUUUGAUACGCGUACCAAGUGAUCGAUGUAAACUAGGCCUAUUACUUUUCCACAAAAGCGGUUCGUUGAUUGGAUUAGCGGGCAUGACGCGACGCGUGACGCGCUCCAUGGAAACGCAACCUUAUUAUAGGGACUCUACUCUCAUCAUGUGUGGUAUUCGUGAAGUGGUGCACAACCUGUCCAUAUCUCAUUGGUUGCACGCAUACGAUUCCCCACCAAGGAGUCAAGUUCAAAUGAAGCUAUCGUUAACCGUCGGUGCUAAACGAAACUGGUGACAACGUUUACACAAAGGGGCGAAGCUUGUAGUAUUCUCCGCUCUGUGCUCGAUUCACGAUUACGGGAGUCAGUUUUCCCUCACGAAUUGAAUUCUAGUUUGUAAAAUGAAUAAACAUGUCGAUGUUACGUGAACUCUAGGUAAUUGUACAACGUAUAAUAAGUAGAGGAUUGUGUGAGAGUUGUACUGCAAUUGGAGAACUGAUUGUGUUAUUGUGAGCGGCGAGCUUUUAAUAUUCCUUUAAUUUACUGCAUGAGGUAUAUAUUGAGUUUUUGAAACGCAUGCCAUCCGAGUGAGUGCACACGAUGUAAUCUAUGGAAUCCCGUUUACCAGUACCAAAAAUAAAAGUAAAGCAAGAGACUAAUAUAACGAAUGUAACUGCUAAGAAUAAUAAUCAUAAAACAAUUACAAAUAGCGACAAUAUGUCAGCGCCAACAUUGACAUCAACGUUAAAGUCAGCGACAUCAACAUUGGCAGGUCCUGCCAGCAUUAAGUCUACAAACGAAAACAAGCCACCGAUAAAACCCUUAAAUCGAGCACAAACGUUAUGUCCAAUUACCCGACCAAACAACGUAACAACGUUAAAACGAGCAGCUACUAAUAUCGCACAUGGAGAUGCGAAGAAGCCUUAUAUCAAACCUGUUCCUAAAGUUCCACGAGUGAUUAAGCCAAAUAAUGUUACAGCAAGCAAAGUUAACAGAGCUGUCCAGAAUGACGUAGAUAACGCAGGCAAGCUUAAAAAGUGGGACCUACGAGGUCGCUUGGCGCAGACGAGUGGCAAAUUAACAGCUGCGCAGCAAAAAAAUAAAGACAUGAUAUCGAAAUGCAGUGGGCUCGAAGAAUUGGUGAAUAAGCUACAAGCUGGUGAAGCUACGCACAAUAAUAAAAUGGAAGAACUUAAACUUUCAAACAAUAACUUGACUAGCGAAGUUGAGACUUUAACAUUAGAACUAUCGGCGAUUCGGAAAAAUGAGGAAGAUAUGACAAAACGUUUGAGGGAAUUAGAAGAAUCGUGCACAAAUCUUUCUUCUGCAUUGAACCAAUUUCAAGAAAAAUCACGGACACAAGAGGUAUUGAUUUCGGAGCAAACUGAGGAACUAACGACUUUGAGAAAAGAUUUAAAACUUCAGCAGGAGCUAAACACUGAUUUGAAUAUCAACAAGGAAGAACUGAGAGCAUUGACUCACAAAAUGGACAAAGAACGCAGGGUAUUACACAACACUAUUCAAGAAUUAAAGGGCAAUAUAAGAGUCUUCUGUAGAGUUCGUCCACCAACUCAAAAAGAAACUGAACAGAUGAAAGCGUUGUGUAACAUAAACUUCAUCGACGACUGUACCAUUGAAGUAGGUAAAUCGGAUGGAUCGGAUGCAAUGAGCUGCAGUGGAAAGCAACGAGGAACAAAACAAGAAUUUUCAUUCGACAAAGUAUUUGCUCCCAAAGCUUCGCAGGCAGAUGUGUUUGAAGAAUUGUCCCUUUUAGUGCAAUCAGCACUUGAAGGAUAUAAUGUUUGCGUAUUUGCUUAUGGCCAAACUGGUUCUGGUAAGACGUACACUAUGGAAGGCGAAUGUGGAUUAGAGAUCGAAGGCAUGAUACCUAGAACAGUACGCCACAUAUUUGUAGAGAUGAAACAAUUCGAACUUCUCGGUUGGGAGUAUCGAAUAGAAGCAAGUUUCCUGGAAAUUUAUAAUGAACAUAUUAUCGAUCUACUCGAUUGUCAACCAAAGAUGCACGAAAUACGAAUGGUUGACAGUAAAGGUCACGACUUAUACGUUAGUAACCUUCAGAUUAAAGAAAUACACAAUGCAGAGGAAUUAUACGCGUGCCUACGUACUGCACAACGCAACCGAGCUGUUGCGGCUACUCAAUCAAAUGAACGAUCAUCUAGGUCUCAUUCGGUAGCAAGAAUCCGAUUAAUUGGUACACAUGUUACAAAACAAGAGGUGGUAGUGGGAAAUCUGAAUUUAGUCGACUUAGCCGGGUCGGAACGUUUGAAGUCUGAAGAAGCUAUUAGGACUGCAGAGACAAAAAACAUCAAUAAGUCUUUAGCCAAUCUUGGCAACGUGAUUUUAGCUCUUUUAAAGAAACAGGAGCAUGUACCUUAUAGAAAUUCUAAAUUGACCCACUUACUCAUGCCUUCUCUGGGAGGCAAUUCGAAAACGUUGAUGUUAUUAAAUAUAUCCCCAUUAGACGAAUGUUAUAACGAGACGUUGAAUUCGCUGAGGUUCGGUAGUAACGUUAACAAUUGCAAGACUGGACAUGUAAAGCGAAGCCGAAUGAUCUUGCAAAAUACGAAUAUUUAAAUUUAGACGUAUGAAGUUUUACAAAAUAGUACUAUAUUACAUAUUUUAAGACGC